UUGUAUGAUGAUAAUCGUUGUACUAAUUAUUAUUUUUAUAAUUAUUUAUUGUAUGCUUAAGUUUGAAAUUUGUCGAAAUAAAAUAAACAGCAUAAAUUCAAAAGAUGUUAAAACAGAUUCGAAUAUGGAAGAAAUCGAAUUAAAUAAACUUAAUGUUUUAUAAUCGUAUAUUAUUGAAUUAUAUUGUAUUAUGAAUAUGACUUGAAUCAUGGGAAUUAUAAACAAUGUAUGUAAUGAAGGUAAUAUGUAGCUUAUUGUAGUAUUGUAUGAUAAUACUGUAAUAGGGAAUCUUAAGGUCCAACUGCCAGGAGGAAGUUUGUCUUUUAAAGGGGGAGGUGUUACAUACUCGCUUGACCAUUAUCUGUUGCAACCCUUCACAUUCCUCCCUUAUCACAUCUGCACGUGUUCGCUUCCAAGAAAUCCUUCCUUCGUUACAUCCCCAAGCCUUUGCUAAUAUUAAUAUUUUUUAUUCAAUCCGUUCCGGACUUUAAUCGAAUAUAGACCGAAGAUUCCCAAAUUGGAAUUGGUUAUUCCAGUUUUGUAUUUCCUUGCUAUUUAAUAUAAUAAAUAGUGUUCCUUUUUAAAAACUAAUUUAAUACAUGCAAAACUAUAUAUAUGACCAUAUAUAAGCGUUUUAUUGUACAAAGUUAGACGGAAUCAAUAGGCGCAGUAGUGCCUAGACCUGUUUAUGCCCUCCUAUGGCAACUUGUUCUUUGGUAUCAGUCAUGGAAAAACGUCGCAAACCGAGUCUAACACAAGCCUUGGCCAAGCAAGUGUUAGAACAAGCACACAUUCUCGAGCAACUGGCGAAAAAGAAAAAGGAAGCUAGUGAAGAAAUACCCAUCAAAAAAGGUUAUACGUUUCGCCUAGAAUCGAGAAACCCGUUUCGAACACAGACAGUUUACAAAAUAAUGGAAGAAAUUAUUCUUGAAGGAAUGGAUGGCUUUUAUUAUAAUCCUAAAGAGGCUGCUGAACUUUGUAAAAAGUUUUCUUCUGAAAUAAGGACAAAAGUUAAAGCGCUCAAUUUCGAAAGGUACAAACUCAUAUGCGGUGUGGAAAUAGUGCAAAAAAAUUUACAAGGUAUACAUUCAAUAUGUUCCUUUCUUUGGGAUCCUGAAAGAGACAAUUUUAGCUUGUAUACUUUUGACAAGUUUGAUUUGUUUGUAGCCGCUUAUGUUUUCGGAGUAUAUCAUGAAUAAAUUAUUACAAGUGUUUAAUACUUUAAUCGCUUGUUUGCAUGUUUUUCUAUUUUUCCCUUCCUUUACACUAUAAAGUACCCAGAAAAUUUCAGUCCAAAGAACGGAAGUGCACUACAAUACCGGCAAGUUAUGCUUCAUCAGGUUAAGUCAUCGAAUGGUGUCUAUGUCAUCCUGGAUAAAGGUAAAGGCCAUUGUGAAUUAAGGAAAUGAAUAAGACAACAAAAUCUGUGACUAAAUAUGUUUUUAUUUUUAUUUAUUUAUUUUUUAUUUUAUUUUUAUUUAUUUUUUUUUUGUUUUGUUUUGUUUGUUGCUUAUAUUAACAUGACUAUUUUUAUACAUACUCAAACAUUGUAACACAAAUUUAUUUCACAAAUGCCUUAAUGUUUAAAAAAAAAAAGAAAAAAAGAAGAAUAAAGAAAAUAGAACUUAACGUUAAUAGUAACCCCAACCCAAACUAAAAGUCCCAACAUAGAGAUAAAUCUUUCCUUUUUGCUUAACAAAAUUAAUCCUUGAAAACAAAGAAAAGUCAAUGUAUACUAUUAAAUGUGCACACAUGAAUAAUAUAUAAUGUUCGACACAUAAAAUACAUCAGACUAGUAACUACAAAAAGGUUAAUAUAGUUGAAAAUAAAGAAUGCUAAUUCAAAGAACAUAAUGGAUAUGAUCUUCGGCCAUUAUUGCCAUUUAAGAUCUUUUAAAUAAAUGAACUCAAUGAAAAUAAAUUUAUAGAAAACUAUAUAUAUUUUAUUUUAUGUAUAAUUCCUGCAUAAAUACAGAGUAAAAAUAUAUGAUACGUGGAAAAUUAAGUCAUCACUUAUUUUAGAUAAUAAAUUGUGUUGUACUGAAUCACAUCGUUCACAACACUAAUAUUUCAUUUCCACGGGGCAUUUGGUAGAUUUAUGUUCUAUUUCAUUUAACAUUUUUAAGUACUGUUCUACACUAUGGUAUUAAUUAAAUAAUAAACGUGUUAACAAAAUACAAACUUUUUAAAAAUUAACAAAAAAUAAAAUAUAACAUAACGAGGAAAACUCAAGGAUAAUUUAUGAUGAAACCUGGUA